GAAUAAAAGACCUGAACCUCUCACCCAUCCAGUCCCUGCAUCCAGUCUCCUAAACUUAAGACUGACUGAUUAGUGUUAAUUGGUGGGGGUGGGGGGUUAUUGUCCAGUAAUUGGCUGCGGUCUGGAAAACAUGGUUCCUCCACCUCCAGGGGAUUGACUGAGUCCAGCGACUGCCUGCAUCUUGAUUACACCGUGCAGUUCUUCGGCAUGUCUCCUCACCGCUGCUGCAUCUCUGCCGGAGGGAUGGAUGCCGAUUCUCUGAAGCUGCAGGCAGAGAAAAUCGUUUGAUUGCUGAUGUUGGUUUGGGUCGUCACUCUUGUUGAAAGUGUGAGGCUCCAGCCGUGGAUCAAGUGGGGGUUACUGGCUGCCUUUGUUGUCGUCAUUGUGAUUCCUGUCACACUGGUAGUGAUGCCGGAAAUACUUCAGCAGUUUGUGUACAAGUACAGACUCAGAGUGCCGUUCUUUGUGGACCUAAGCCGGCCUGCUGACUUCUCCCUUAAUCACACCAUCAACAUGUAUCUGACCACAGAGGAAGGAAUUUCCCUUGGUGUGUGGCACACUGUCCCUGCACAUCGCUUGGGAGAGGCUCAAGGGAAGGACCUUGCUUGGUACCAGAACUCUUUAAGGGAUGGAAGUCCAGUUUUUAUAUAUUUUCAUGGAAACACAGGCACGAGAGCAGCUGUACACCGAGUGGGCGUGGCUAAAUUACUGAGUGCGCUUGGCUACCAUGUGCUGGUCCCUGACUACAGAGGUUUUGGAGAUUCCACGGGAGAGCCAACAGAGUCCGGUCUGACCACGGAUGCCACCUACUUGUACAACUGGGUCAAAGCACGCAGUGGAGACAGCCUUGUUGUGAUCUGGGGUCACUCUCUUGGCACUGGGGUGACCACCAACACUGCAGUCAAACUAUUGGAUCAAGGUGUGGUCUUUGAUGGCGUGAUCCUGGAAGGAGCGUUCAACAGCCAGCGACAGCAGAUCCCAUAUGAUCCCUUCACCUGGUAUUACUGCAGAUUACCAAGUUUGGAAAGCCUCUGUUACUUGUUUGCGAAGCCACUAGCAAAAGAUACCAUCAUGUUCCCCUCUGAACAAAAUUUGAAGAAAAUGAAGAGCCCAAUACUUUUCCUUCAUUCAGAGGACGACCAUUUAGUUCCCAUAGAAAUCGCCCGUCAGACGUAUGAAGUGGCUGCGAAUGCGCAGAGUUCCAACCGAGUCAGGCUGGUGACCUUUGACGGUUCUCUGGGAUAUCUGCACAACGGCCUAUACAGAGACCCCAAACUGCCAGGCAUCAUAAAGGAGUUUGUUCAGUCUUUAUAAAGUUGGACAAAAGCGACUGAAGAAGGAAAAGUCCAGACUGCCGACUGACAUCGUCUGAUCGAACGCUGCGCUCUUAUGCUGCAUUUUUCCAUAAUGUUUUGAAUGGAUUAUUUUUAAUUGCUAUUUUGUAAUAAUUACCACUGCUGGUGACUGGAUCUUAUUGGGUUGUAAAGCCACAAUUGUAAGGAAAUAACAUUUCUAGAAUCAUUGAAGCACAUCAGAUAAAUGUGUUUUCUCCGUCUGCAUUUUAAUGGGAGAAGUUCAUUCUACUGCUACUAGAACACAGUUUAUGUGAAAAAGAAUAGAAAAUGAUUUUUAAAACGGAAUUUUCUAAACAGGGAAAUUUAAAAAAUGUAGGAAAUAUUCUUUCCAGAUUUCAUUUUACCUUCAGGAAACCUGGAAAGCUUCGUUUAAAGUUGUUUCAGCAUAAAAUCAUCUUCUGAUUUGUUUGAGAGGAAGGAAGCAGAACUGUCACACAAUGCAUUUCAUCUUUAAGGAACUGAAUUAAUACAUACAAACUCUGAUGUUCUGAUCAUAUUAAAUGUGAAUACAGAUGAAGGGAA